AAAAAGUGAAUUAUUGAUUUUAUACUACGAGUUAUAGUUUUCUUUCGUCUGGCGAGAAAUUAUCUUCAACUACUUUGUAGGCUCUUUCGGAGAUAUUUACAUUGUUAGCUAUGCCUUCACCAGCCAUAUCCGACGCUGAUUUCUUUGCCGGACUCGGAGCCCAAAAAGCCGCGCGAGAGGCUGUAGUUAAUGGACAAUUAAUAGCGAAACUCAAGGACAAUGGGGUUUUCUCAGAUGACCAGAUGGGGCCAUUCAAGCGCCAUGCUGUCGAUUAUUACGAGAGGAAAAGAGAAAAUCCACAACGACCUCAGCGAAAUAGUCGUAGUCACCAACGUGACGUAGAGGCGAAAUUCGAAACGAUUCCCCAAUACGAUUUUGUUCCCAUGGUCGUAAAUUAUAUAGAGAAGCAUGUUUCCAAUGAUCGUUGCGUUCAGGUGUACGAGGAUGUCAUAUCAGUCAUUCCGAGUAGUUGGGAAAGGCAAGCAUCGACCCUCGCUAACCCACGACAGAAGGUGGAGACACCGUUUUCCGUAGCUAGAGCAGCGCCUGGUUCUGUCAAAUCUAACGCUCAGUUAAUUGACAUCCUCGCAUCCGCAACUGACAUGAGCCCAGGGACCGCGAUUAUGAUUCGUGGCCAAAUCACAUUCUGGGACUCCAAACCACCUGGUAAAGACUCAACGUCGGGCAUGUUAUGCUGCGGGGAACGGACUGUCAGCGGCGGCCGACUCGGUCGCGAUCAUAUGCUCAGCGACACGCCUAAUCACUACGUCCGGGACCGUUUAAUGGAUUAUAUCAACACCGUGAUUGAGGAAGGCAAGCAAGAUAAAGCACGAAAGGCUGUAUUUUUCGACCUGAACCCCGCCGAAAUCGAAGAGUAUGCAGAUCUCAUCAGGCAGAAGACAGAAAGAGAUAAGCCGAGAACAACUGAGGAAUCAAUCGCUCUAGUCAUGGGCGGAAAGCGUCCCAAAUCGUAUGGGGAGAUGAAUAAUGUGUUAAAUCUAGCCGAUGCUGUAGAGGAAGUCUACAAAUACAUCGACAUGACCCCCAGGCCCAGGUUCGGACGCCGUGGGUCCGCGGAGCCAAUAUACCAUUCGGUCGUCCAGCUAGGUUUAAAAGAGUAUACACCAGAAGAAGGCCUGUGGGUUGGUACAGAUAUCGACAGAGACUGCGACCAGAUCCGCGCCAUGAUCGCGCAGCUCGCUGACGGAAAGGAGUGGACAGUCGACCAGUUCCGUUUAGCGCUCGGCGACGUUUCGCGGCAACAGCUAACUAACUUCCUCAUCAAAUGGGGAUCUGAACAAGGGCAAAACAGCGUUGUAUUCCCGCUUGCGUGGGAGUUCUUCAAGAAGCGUGAAAUGCUCGGUUUACCGUUGAUGAAUACUCCGGAUAACAGUCAUGUCCUUCAGGAACGUAAUAGUAAUACACAGAGUAAGCGCCCGAGUGAUAGUGGUAAAAGGGGCGAGGGUAGCAGGAAGCGCACAAGAAAAGCAUAAACAAGGCCAUCUCGGUGAGGUGAUUCUGUAUAUCUAGUAACUGUAUUAUAACAACUAAACACUUAGGUACCUAGGUAGGCAAGACGGUAGCUGCGAAGCUUGUAUCGUAUCAUUGGUUUCCUUUCGAAGGUAUUUCCCGGCCAUAGCCAUCAUACAAU